CAUUUAUGCAGCAUUUUAUGCAAAUGUUGAAUUUCUGUGCAGAGAAAAUCCAAGAUUUCUGCAUCUCGCAGACUGACCUUGAAGACCAAGCUGCUAAAGGUGGCAACUGUGAUGUUGGAGAAGGAAAAGGAAGCAAAGCGCCAGGAGAGAGAGACUGCUUUGAAUGAGAGAGUUCCUCCGCUGCAGCUGUCUGGGCUGUCAGUGCAGGACCUUCAGGCUCUGUGCAAAGAACUGCACCAUAAAAUUGACGUGGUCGACGAAGAGCGCUACGACAUCAACUCCAAGGUUACCAAGACUUAUGCAGAGCUUGAGAAUCUGUCCGCCAAGAUCAUUGAGCUUAAGGGUAAAAUGAAGCGACCCGCUCUUAAAAGGGUGAAGAUUUCGGCUGACGCCAUGUUGGGAGCUCUGCUGGGCGCCAAGGUCAAGGAGUCAGUGGACUUUAAGGCCAACCUCAAGACCGUCAAGAAGGAAGAUGAGAAGAAGGAGGAAGUGACCGACUGGCGUAAGAAUGUGGAGGCCAUGUCUGGUAUGGAGGGCAGAAUGAAGCUGUUUAAUGCCGGCCAGUAGAUUCAAAAUGAGUGAGAUGGACAACUAGGAAGCCCACAGUGUGAAUAUCAUUGUGUGUUGCUACAGCUCAACGGUAACGUGGUGUCGCAUAUCUGUUAUUGUAGAACGUGAAGAAGUGUGCAGUAUUUUCUUGUGGUGUCGAGAAACAACGCGAUGAUGAUGACAAUAAAAAAAGUCAACGGCCGUCUGAGGGAAACCUUGACUACAAUGUGGCCCGCAACAAAAAUGAGUUUGACACACCUGCUCUAUGGUAUAAUGCUGAAUGGUGAAGCCCCCCAAAAGGUAAUUAAUUCGUCGGAAGAAUAGUAAUAAACACCAAUUCCAAGAAGGCCUUCGCCCUGCCUCGGGAUCGGGCCUGAACUAUCACAAGGCUUUAUUCAUUCCAGCAGUACCUACAAAAUGCCACGAGGUGCCAGUAUCGCUCUGUAAAUGCCUUCUUGUUUCCUCAACAUUACAGGUGUCUUCAAAAUGUGAGCAGUUUUACUUUACCCUAGUUUUAUUAUACCGCAGUUAAUUGAUUUAUUUACACUUGCAUGACAGUUAUGAUUAUUCAAAUGUUACAUUCCCUGUACAGUUAAUAAUAAUUUUAUGACAGUUUUGAGCCUGAAAAUGAAUUAAUUCACUUUACAUUAUUUCCCAUGGGAUCAUUUGUUAAAACACACAGAUAGCAAUCGAGCAACUUGAGAAUGAUUCAUUCAUUUCAACCCCAGCAUGUGUCACUGGACCUCCUAUCAGCCCAUAAGGAGGCCCAAAAGAAAGUCUCACAGGUGGACAUUUUCACACCUCAUACAAGACGCCGGGCAAGAAUGGUGAGGACAGAGUGUCUAUUUUGGAGAGCCACUCACAAGGGCGCUGGAAUCUAUAUAUCCAGCCUCUUUGUGCCCUUCUCAUCUCAGAAAAAGCAGCCUGGCGAGAAAUUUUGUCGCAUAUUGUGUAAGGUAAGAAGAAAAUGCUAUUUUGUGACGUUUGUAGAAUAUGUGCGAUAUCAACCAUCUUUGUCUGAUCUUGACCAGGUAUUGUCUUAUUUUAAUAAAUGCUGUUUCAAUGCGUAGUUUGACCUUUAAACAUAGUCAUACUUUGUCUACAAAAUGAGAUGUUUAUUUUCCUUUCUCUCCUGACAGAGGGAGACACAAGAAGAGCUGUCACUAUG